AUGAUAAGAAUAAUAAUGAAAAACCAAACUGUCACCUCUCACUUUAUCCUCUGGGGCCUGCCCAUCCCCCCAGAGCAUCAGCCACUGUUCUAUACCUUGUUCUUAGCCAUGUACCUCACCACUCUCAUGGGGAAUCUCAUCAUCAUCAUCCUCAUUCUACUGGACUCCCAUCUCCACACACCCAUGUACUUCUUUCUUAGUAAUUUGUCUUUUUCUGACUUCUGCUUUUCCUCUGUCACAAUGCCGAAGAUGCUGGAGAAUAUGCAGAGCCAGGUUCCAUCUAUCCCUUAUGUAGGUUGCCUUACACAAAUGUACUUUUUCAUAGUUUUUGGAAACAUGGAAAACUUCCUUCUUAUGAUCAUGGCCUAUGACCGUUAUGUGGCCAUCUGCUUCCCCCUUCAUUACACCAGCAUCAUGAGCCCCAAGCUCUGUGUGGGUCUGGUAGUGCUGUGCUGGGUGAUUACCAUGCUGCAUUCCAUGCUGCACACCCUACUUCUUGCUAGAUUGCCAUUCUGUGAGGACAAUGUGAUACCUCAUUUUUUCUGUGAAAUAUCUGCCCUGCUCAAGUUGGCCUGCUCUGACAUUUUUAUUAAUGAACUAAUGAUAUUUGUCUUGGUAGGACCCAUUGUUGUUAUACCAUUCUUACUCAUCAUUGUGUCCUAUGUAAAAAUUGUCUGUGCCAUCCUGAAGGUUUCAUCUGCUCGGGUUAUCCACAAGGUCUUCUCCACCUGUGGCUCCCACCUGUCUGUGGUCUCACUGUUCUAUGGGACAAUUAUAGGUCUCUACCUAUGUCCAUCAGCCAAUUAUUCUACUGUCAAUGAGACUGUCAUGGCAUUGAUGUACACAGUGGUGACUCCAAUGCUUAACCCGUUCAUCUACAGCCUGAGGAACAGCGAUAUUAAAGAGGCACUGAUAAGCAUCCUUUGCAAGAAGAAAAUCUCUUUAUAA